GCGCUGGGGCCGCCUGCUCGCUCCCUCACUCGCUCGCUCCCUCCCUCCGCCGGUGGGUUAGUCAGUCAGUCAGUCCGCCCGCCAGCAGCCCGCGGGCCAGCGAGCCGCAGAGGGCCGAGCCUCGGACGCCGGCGCCUCCUUCUGCCAUUGUUCGUCUGGCGGCUGCAGAGGCGGGCGCGGGAGCCCGGGCCCCGGAGCCAGCGCAACGUCAUGACAACAGAGAAGAGUUUAGUGGCUGAGGCUGAAAAUCCACAGCAGCAACAACAGAAAGAAGAGGGUGAGGGAGCCACAAACUCGGGUCAACAGGAAACUCAGCUGGAAGAGGCUUCUCAAGCAGCAGCCGAGGGAGAUAAUCAGUGUGAGCAGAAGCUGAAAACAUCUAAUGGAGACACUCCAACACAUGAAGAUUUGACCAAGAACAAGGAGCGGACAUCAGAAAACAGGGGCCUGUCACGGCUGUUCUCCUCAUUUCUCAAAAGGCCUAAAUCUCAGGUCUCUGAGGAAGAAGGCAAAGAAGUAGAGUCAGCAAAAGAGAAAGGUGAAGGUCAUAAAGAGGUAGAAUUUGGAGCCAGUCUUGACGAAGAGAUCAUUUUAAAGGCCCCGAUUGCAGCUCCUGAGCCUGAGCUCAAAACAGACCCAUCCUUGGAUCUUCAUUCAUUAAGCAGUGCAGAAACACAGCCUGCUCAGGAAGAACACAGAGAAGAUCCUGAUUUUCAGACUGAGGAAGGAGGAGGACUUGAAGACUGCUCUAAAAUAGAAGUAAAAGAAGAAAGUCCUGAAUCAAUAGCAGAAAGAGAAUUAAAAGCUUCCCAGAAAUCGAUCAGAAGACACAGAAACAUGCAUUGCAAGGUUUCUUUGUUGGAUGACACAGUUUAUGAAUGUGUUGUGGAGAAACAUGCUAAGGGACAAGAUUUACUUAAACGAGUAUGUGAACACCUCAAUCUUUUGGAAGAAGACUACUUUGGUCUAGCCAUUUGGGAUAAUGCAACCUCUAAGACAUGGCUGGAUUCUGCCAAAGAAAUAAAAAAGCAGGUUCGUGGUGUCCCUUGGAAUUUCACAUUUAAUGUAAAGUUUUAUCCACCUGACCCAGCACAGUUAACAGAAGAUAUAACAAGGUAUUAUUUAUGUCUUCAACUUCGGCAGGACAUAGUUGCAGGACGUCUGCCCUGUUCAUUUGCAACCUUAGCAUUAUUAGGUUCUUAUACCAUCCAGUCUGAGCUGGGAGACUAUGACCCAGAACUCCAUGGUGCAGAUUAUGUUAGUGAUUUUAAACUGGCCCCAAAUCAGACCAAGGAACUUGAAGAGAAGGUCAUGGAACUGCAUAAGUCAUACAGGUCCAUGACUCCAGCUCAGGCUGACCUGGAAUUUCUUGAGAAUGCCAAAAAGUUGUCUAUGUAUGGUGUUGACCUUCAUAAAGCAAAGGACUUGGAGGGAGUGGAUAUCAUCCUAGGUGUCUGCUCUGGUGGCCUUCUGGUUUACAAAGAUAAGCUGAGAAUUAACCGCUUUCCUUGGCCCAAAGUGCUGAAGAUUUCUUACAAACGUAGCAGCUUUUUCAUUAAGAUUCGGCCUGGAGAGCAAGAACAGUAUGAAAGUACCAUCGGAUUCAAACUUCCCAGUUACCGAGCAGCUAAGAAAUUAUGGAAAGUCUGUGUAGAGCAUCACACAUUUUUCAGACUGACAUCUACAGACACCAUUCCUAAAAGCAAAUUUCUUGCCCUGGGAUCCAAAUUUCGAUACAGUGGCCGAACUCAGGCUCAGACCAGGCAAGCUAGUGCUCUGAUUGACAGGCCUGCCCCACACUUUGAGCGUACAGCAAGCAAACGGGCAUCCCGAAGCCUUGAUGGAGCAGCAGCCGUUGAUUCAGCAGACCGAAGUCCUCGGCCCACCUCUGCACCAGCCAUUGCUCAGAGUCAGGCCGCAGAAGACAGCGUCCCAGGUGCACCUGUUAAAAAAGCAGUGGUUUCUGAAGCACCGAAGGAAACAGUGCAGGUUGAAGUGAAAAAGGAAGAAGUGCCACCUGAGCAACCUGAGCCAGAGUUCACAGAAGUGUGGAAGGUGGAAAAAACCCACAUCGAGGUCACAGUACCCACCUCAAAUGGUGACCAAACACAGAAAAAGAGAGAGAGACUAGAUGGUGAAAACAUUUAUAUCAGACAUAGCAAUUUAAUGUUGGAGGAUUUAGACAAAAGUCAAGAAGAGAUCAAAAAACAUCAUGCCAGCAUCAGUGAGCUGAAAAAGAACUUCAUGGAAUCUGUACCAGAACCACGGCCUAGUGAAUGGGAUAAACGCUUAUCCACUCACUCUCCCUUUCGAACAGUUAACAUCAAUGGGCAAAUCCCUACAGGAGAAGGAGUGAAGAAAACCUCUGUCCUUCCCUCGGAAAGAAAGGUUGGUGGGCCAGAGAAUAUAAAUGGCAUUCGCACAGAGGAGGUGGCUGCCAUGACCAAGGGGCCAUCUACCAACCCUGACUCUGAAUGGGAGGGCCCCAAGCAUUCAGUAAUUCCUAGUAAGAGCCAAAUGACUACCCCGUUGGAGUCUCCACAAAACUUUGACUUUGGCUCCCUCUCCAUAAGCAGCAAGGAGACAGAAGAGAAGGAGCAGGGGGCAACUGGCUAUCUUGAUAUUAAGGAAAUGUCGAGAGGUCCAAGUGGGGAAUGUGUAGGAGUGGAGGAACAGGCCAGUGCCUUAAAGUCCUCAAUAUCACCAGCUUCCUCUCAGCUGCAACUUGCUGAAAAAAAAGCAGAGAGUAGUGAAGAACAUGUUAUACCAGGAGAGCCUGUUGGAGAGCAAAAUGGAUCAUUUCUUGACUCUCGUGUGGGUAACCAGUUCCCCACCCUCAUUCGAAGUUUCCAGCCUCCCCUAGUGAAGACUCAGACCGUCACCAUCUCAGACACUGCCAAUGCUGUGAAAAGUGAAAUUCCAACCAAAGACGUCCCUAUAGUCCACACCGAGACCAAGACCAUCACUUAUGAGGCUGCCCAGACUGACGACAGCAACGGGGACUUGGACCCAGGAGUCUUGCUGACAGCUCAGACCAUCACAUCUGAGACCACCAGCAGCACCACCACAACUCAAAUUACCAAGACUGUAAAAGGUGGGAUUUCAGAGACCCGGAUUGAAAAGAGAAUUGUGAUCACAGGAGAUGCCGAUAUUGACCAUGAUCAGGUCCUCGUACAGGCCAUCAAGGAGGCAAAGGAGCAGCACCCAGACAUGUCAGUGACCAAGGUGGUCGUCCAUCAGGAAACCGAAAUCUCUGAGGAGUGAGCUCAGGAACUGUCCUACCCUCCCCCCUCCCCCGACUCCCUGCCCAUCUCCCAUCCCAGAGAAAACCAGCAGAAUGAUAAAGAAGCUAACCUGCAAUAGUCAGACUUCAGACUUUUAAGAUGAUUGAUUCUAAACCACCAGAAAAGCAAUUUCAUUUUCUAUUUGGAGUUUAUACCAAGAAAGUCUUCUAGAUAUCACUGAUCCUUUUGAAUACAUUUUUCUAUAUUGUGAUACCAGAAAUUGUUCAACUUUUCACUCUUUGGACUGUUUUUAAAGAGUCUUUUGUUUUUUUAUGGGGUGGUUUGUAACCCCUUCAGCCGAGCCUCUCCCCAUUUAUACUGACAGGGUCCACAGCAUUCUUCGGGAAAUCCUCCAAUGACCCUGUCAGCUGUGUUGGGGGACAAAGCCAGCUUAAUGGCGCUUCCCUGCUCCUCCCCUAGUUUAUACCCUUUAGAUGGCAGCAGAAACUUCAUAAACCAGCCCUUUCUCAGAGCCAGUGACGUAACUUUAUCAGAAUGUCAGGCAGGGCGGCUGCCCUGAUCCAGAGACCCCAGGAAGAUGUCCCUGUCCCUUUGCUGAGGGUGGUUUGGUGAGGCAGAGGCCUCUGCUAAGAAUGUAGAAUUGUUUUCCUUCCUCUCUCCUAUUCUUUCUUUUUGGAGCUUCUUUAGAUCAAAGACAUAAGAAGUUGCUUCAGAUAUAUCUGAUACUGUGAAUGUUUGAACAUAUCCGUGGCCUUCACCUUCCUGCCCUCCCUCCCCUUUUACCUCAUCAGAAGCAGUGGCUCUGCUAAGUGCUCCCCCCACCUCCCAUCUCAGGAGAGACCAAAACUCACAGAAAAAUAGGCACUUUGGGCCAAAAGCACUGACCGCACAUUUUUAGCGGUGAUUUGGACAAAGAAAGUUGACGAGAUGUUUUUAAAGGUUUUCUAGUUCUGGGAAUGUGCACUUCACACAGGGGAGUGGUGGGGUUUACCUCAGUUGGAUCCUGCUAAGAAGUAUUUCCAGGAGACCAUCCCUGAGCCUCUCUCUUUAAUCCUGGGGUGAGAGAGGAUGUGACUGAGAGAGGAGGCGAUCAUGGUACAGACCGGCCCCUGCCUGCAGAUACCCUAAUGGAGCGUGGGAAUUGGCUUUUAGGGGCCACCCUCCCCACAAAACCCCACUUGACAAGGGGUACAAACACCAGCUCUACUCAUCCCCACUUGCCAUCUGAGGUCUGUCAGGUUUUGUGGCUUGAUGUUUGUGGUGGGUUUGGGUUAAUUUUUUGUUUUUGUUUUUGAAAAUGAGGACUGAUGUCCCCAAUUCCACUAUUCCUGGUAAAGAUUAGGGGACAUUUUUAUUCAGUAGGGCUUCUCUGAUCUUCCAGCUUGCUUCCCACAAACAGGUCUACCUACAAGUUCUUAGAAUCCUAAUUCUAGGACAGAAAGUGAGCUUCCUGAGGUGGACAGCGGGUCACAGUCAGCAGUCGCUGGGGGCUCCAGGGCGGUGAGCAGGAGAGAAGUCUACAGCCUCUCCUCCCGGCAGUGGGAGCCAGCAGCACGUGUCCGGAGUCUCUGCUGGCUGAGCUUUGUUUAGACAAACUCAGUUGGUUUGAGCUGAUUUCACGAGUGUGCGUUUUUCUCUUAGUACUUACUUGAGACUGUUACUAACCAACAGGUAGCUCUCUCUGGGCAGGGACAGGAAGCGCUCAGGUGGGAUAUGUGACAGGCUGCGGGGGAAGGAGAGUGCCCUGUCUCAGGGACAGACAGCCUGGGGCAUAGGGUCUGGAACGAUGGGGCUUUCCAGGCCGUGCCCAAGCCCGAGCUUUGUUGCCCAGAGCGGUGGGUGGUGAGGUUGGAAAUCCAGCUCACAUCAAAUAGGCAUGCGACGUGAGCUCACUUGCCAAUGGCCAGCUGUCCUGCUGGAAGAGCUGCGCUGGAGCUCGCAGAGCUGCAACCUGUGGAAUGAAGAUGGGAAAAGGAAGAGGGCACAGCAUGCAUGUCAGGAGCCUGGCACACUGAGUAUUCUGUGCCAUCCAGGUCAGUGUGGCCACUUUCACUGCCUAGGACCACAAAUCAGGGGCCUGAACUUCCCCUCAAUCUGUCACCAACUCACUUCACCCUGCUUCCUUGUCUAUAAAUUGGACCAGAAGAUCUCCAAUGCCCUUCAGGCGCUGAGAAGCCAUGAUUUGGACAAGCCAACACGAGGGGUAUCCUCCCAAGCCUCUUUCCCUUUCCUCCCUCUCUGGUUACAGAACUUGGGGUUUGGCAAUUGUUUGGAUCUUUUUUUUUCUUCCUGCAACUGUGUGUGUGCGUGUGUGUGAAGAAAAACAGACUGUCCAGGUCGAAAUGGUGAAGAGGGGAGAAGAGUUCAUGUCCAGUGUCAACAACUUGGCAGUUUUCCUAAAGUGACUCAGACACAGCACAGUAACAACUCUCACUGCAAUUUUAUUUUUAAUCUCACUUCAGAAACAAAGAUUUCUUCCAAGCCACGUGAGGUCUCUUGCCACCCACCUACCCAACCCACCCACAAAGCAGGACCUGAAUUUAUCCGCUGAAGGCCCACAGAGCCUGGCUGCAGGGACCUGUCAGGGAACCUCUGCCCGCCCCCAGCCCCCCACCGUGUGUUCUGCGGGGCAGCUGAGGGUGAGGGAGCAACAGUCCACCUUGGGAAAUGGAGCCGGGGCUAUGGCCUGACCAACACCAAGGAAGGCUCAUGGGAAAUACCUGUCCAGGAUCUUAGCCCCAGGCUGGUUGGUUUUACAGAUCUCUCUCAAAUGUUUUAUUUUGGUGACAAAAAUGAAGGAGCUUUGUAAAUUAAAAAAAAAAAAAAGAAUCAUAUCAAGUAGUUGUUUACAUUUCUUGACAAAAUAGGAACUAUGCCAGCCGAAUCAAAUUGGCAAAAUCCUUAGAUUAAAUAGGCAAUAAUUAGGUCUGCCGUUUUGGCCUUUUGUAGUUAGAGAAGUGGUGGUAGUGUUUAGAUACUGUUUGGUCUUGCUUCUUCUUGUAUUGCAUU